GUCUCCUAUCUCGUCUCGGAACGGUAAAAAUUUCUUGUCUCUUACCAUCAUCAUGGCAUCUCCUGUCGUGGACGAAGCUCAGGCAAACUGGCGUGUUGCCGACGACAAGGCCAUGGUACCUCCCAGAGUUGGCGAUGAACCUAACGGUGGAUCUCUUCUCCCCAAUGAUCAUCACCCUGGCCAGGGACCGGAGGCUGCAGACUACAAGCGGGGUUCCAGCGCAGACCCCGUCGUCUCCGGUUCUAGCAUAAAGGGCGAUCCUAUGUUCCGCGAAAAGCAAGUGAAGCCGAACAAAGUCUAUAUCGGAGGUCUUCCCGAGAACACGCGUCAAGAGGAUUUGCAGGGAUGUUUCGGGAAAAUCGGUAACAUAGUUAACAUUGAGCUCAAAAUUGGCUAUGGUUUUGUGGAAUUUGACAGCCGCGAGGCAGCCGAAGAAAGCGUCGCAAAGUACAAUGAGGGCUAUUUCAUGGGCAACAAGAUUCGUGUCGAGCUGUCUCAUGGCGGCGGCAGGACGGCUAAGUACUCAAGUGACCCAGGAGCUUGUUUUAGGUGUGGGCAAAUGGGCCAUUGGGCAAGGGAAUGUCCGAUUGCAGGGCCUCCUCCCCGUCGCCCCAACGACCCCCCCUUGAUUGAACGUAUCCAACGCGACCAUGCUGCGCCUGUUCCCCGCGACACGCGCUAUGACUACCCCCCUCCUCCGCGUGACUUUCGGCGGCCCCCAUCUCCUGUUCGGGACUAUCGUGAAUAUCCACCUCCACCUAGUCGAUAUGACGACUACAGACGUCCUCCCCCAAUGAUUGAGCGCGACCGCUAUCUUGACAGGGGUCGCUAUCCUCCCGAGGCUGCCUACCGUGGACCUAUUCCUCCGCCUGCCUAUGCUUAUGAUCGCUAUGACAAAAAGGCAGAGCGGUAUACGUAUCCUCCUCCAAGUGGACGUCCUAGAACGCCUCCCAGGUAUCGAGAAGACUUCGAUCGGAUGCCUCGUGACUAUCCGGAUUACCGCGGUCGUCCAAUGACACCGCCUCGUUUUGCUGAUUAUCCUCGAGGUGCAACACCUGAGGCCAGAUUCAGGCGGCGUUCUGAAAGUCCUGCUGGCCGUUCUUCUGGUGCCUAUGAGUAUGCUCCUGGACCUGACGGCAACUAUCCGGCUACACCUCCUGGCCCACCUCCUCGUAGGGAAUAUCCUCCUCGUAGUCGUGAAGCCGUCGAAGUUUACAGAAGAUAAAAAUCUCGUUCGAAAUACUUGAAGCUUGGUUGAUCACUCCCGGCUGUUUCAUGCAUGACUUGGCAUUGUAUGAUGCUCGUGUACUGCAUUGUCUAUCUAUAUUCACUCUAUUCUCAACUCUUUAUACCACUAGGUAUACAAUUAAGUAUAGAUGGAUGGUAUCAAACGGCAUUCAGAGCGUAAUUUUCUUGCCUUCUGCCAUGGCAUACAGUGUAUCCCUGUCGUUUGACUCAUCUACCAUCGCUCGUAGAUGCCCAUUCUCUUUCUUCAACAGCGCGGAGGGACUGUCGUAUUCGA